CAAUAGUGGUGAAUGCAACUGCUGUGUGGAUUGUGAAGUUCUUUUCUUCUGUACCACCCUUAUGAACGUAUAUAUAUUGAAGUACAGUAUGUACCAAAUUUUUAUGUAGUCAAGUUAUGGCACCCAUAAGGAACGAAGAAGGAGAAAUAUGUAUGUUUAUAAUUAAUUUUGAAGAUAUUACAGAUGCUCCUUAUAGAGAUGAUUAUCAGCCGUCACCCAUCCCAAGCCCAAGGCUUUUGUUAAAACAUAUCCCAAUCCUGCAGCGAGUUAUACCGUCCAAGAAACAAGAAGAAAAAAGGAUAAUGUGCUCUGCAGACAUGUCACCUGUUUCUACCUCAUCAGAUCGUAGCAAAACCCUUCGCCUUCGCCUCCCUCCUACCCGUUAUGAGUUAGAUAGCCCAGAAAUCGAGACAGUGGUGCCUACUGAAAGUGAUAUCAACCCUCCUGUUGGAAGAACGCAAAGUUUAGAUAUGUGUGAUCAUGUGAAGCAUCCUGGACAGGAUCAUCUUAAAUCUCUUCCUCUAGCUACAGUUACAGCGAAUAACUUGAGCAAAUCUCUCCCUAAUGCAUCUUCCGAUUCUGAUCUCUCACGUUUUCGAACUCAGGCUCAAGUCAAGUCUCCUUCUUUUAGUAACGACACACCUGAUGGAGGGACUAAACAGAAAGACAACAGUCAUUCGUCAACAACGUCCAAGUUUCUUAAAGAAAUGCAAUCUCAUAGCAAACAUCACGUCGGAGAAAAAGUGGCCCAGGUACGUUUUUUGACCGAUAGAUGGCGAAACGUGAGUCAACGCUAUAAUCAGGUGCUGUCCCUCGGAGCGGAUGUCCUGCCCGAAUACAAACUACAAAAACCUAGGAUCCACAAGUGGACUAUACUUCAUUAUUCACCAUUUAAGGCCGUGUGGGAUUGGAUUAUAUUAUUAUUAGUUAUAUACACGGCCAUUUUCACGCCUUACGUUGCGGCAUUUUUAUUAAAUGAAGAAAAAUCCGAAAAUAAAAAAUCGAAAAAGCAUGGUGAAGAUCCCAUUAUGAUAAUAGAUCUUAUAGUGGAUGUGAUGUUUAUUAUUGAUAUUUUAAUUAAUUUUCGUACAACUUAUAUCAACUCCAAUGACGAAGUUGUUAGUCAUCCUGGUAAAAUAGCUGUACAUUAUUUGAAGGGUUGGUUUUUGAUUGACGUUGUGGCUGCUAUCCCUUUCGAUCUCUUACUAGUUGGUUCCGAAACGGACGAGACCACUACCUUGAUUGGGCUGUUGAAAACAGCAAGGCUUCUAAGGCUGGUACGGGUGGCACGUAAAAUAGACCGCUACUCAGAGUAUGGAGCUGCUGUGUUGCUACUUCUCAUGGCUACUUUUGCACUAGUUGCUCAUUGGUUAGCAUGCAUAUGGUAUGCCAUUGCCAAUGCCGAGAGGCCAAGUUUAAAUCCAAAGAUAGGAUGGCUGGACCAGUUGGCUAAAGACACGCAUCAAUUCUACAACUACUCGCAAGGCGGUCCCAGCAUAAAAGCCAAGUACGUGACUGCACUCUACUUCACCUUCUCGAGUUUAACCAGCGUAGGGUUUGGCAACGUGGCUCCAAAUACGAAUAUGGAGAAGGUGUUUUCCAUUUUGGUCAUGUUAGUUGGAUGUAAGUAA